UCUACCUAACCCCCAGAAGCGAGUGACGCCGACCAAGUACAAUUGUUUAGUACACAAAAGAUACUGUUAAACAUAGCAUAAAAACUGUGGAAAAUUUAUUUUCAAAUACUAAUCAAUGGCGAUGGACAUUAGACCAAACAACACAAUUUACAUCAACAAUUUGAAUGAAAAAGUCAAAAAGGAAGAGUUGAAAAGGUCGCUGUACGCAAUCUUCUCUCAGUUUGGUCAGAUACUAGACAUCGUAGCGCUAAAGACGUUAAAAAUGCGUGGCCAAGCAUUUGUUAUUUUCAAGGAGAUUGCGAGCGCUACGAAUGCUUUGAGGUCUAUGCAAGGAUUUCCAUUUUACGACAAGCCGAUGAGGAUACAAUACGCAAAGACUGACAGUGAUAUUAUUGCCAAAAUGAAAGGCACCUAUGCAGAGAGACCCAAGAAGCCGAAAAGAAUUGUGCCCGCUGCCGACGAGGAGGCUAAACGUGCCAAGAAACGGGCCAAGGAACAGGCUAAACAUUCACAACAGAUCGGUUAUCACGCAGGCGUGCCACAGCAUCCAGGUCUGGUGAACGCUGCGGUGCCAGAACAGCCACCGAAUCAGAUUCUGUUCCUCACCAAUCUGCCCGACGAGACCAGCGAGAUGAUGUUGUCCAUGCUUUUUAAUCAAUUCCCUGGUUUUAAAGAAGUGCGUCUAGUGCCCAACAGACACGAUAUCGCGUUCGUCGAAUUCGAGAACGAGGUUCAAUCCGGGGCCGCGAAGGACGCUCUCCAAGGAUUUAAGAUUACGCCGUCUCACGCGAUGAAAAUUUCGUUUGCGAAAAAGUAAGCGGUACGUGGCGGUUUUUGUAUGGAGAGGUACGUUUGUCGAAGAAUGUAUGGUUGGAUAUUUACGAAAGUAUGCGCGAUACGAGUAUAACUGAAGAAUUUCUCGUACGAAGAAUUUACGAAAAUGUAAGUCGUGUAUGUACACAAAGUUGUGCAUGCAAUUGUAUACAUACAAGUUUACGCUGUAAAUAAUAAUUAAAAAGAUGAAUGACGUUUCUCAACUGCGAUUUGUUUAAUUUUAGCAGCAAAAGUUUGCAAUCGUUUAUACGAACCAAAUUAAUAACAAGUGACGAUAUUUUUCUUUAA